AUGUUCUUGAUUGUUCCCAAGCCCAAAGCACCGCCCGCGCCUGCGCCGACCGAGGAGCCUCCGCCGGACGACUCGCGAGGCCCUGUCCGCUCACAAACGGCGUGCGAUGUGUGUCGCUUGCGCAAGUCGAAGUGUAACGGCCAACGACCAUGUGGCCGAUGCCGCGAGAGAAACCUCAUCUGUGUCUAUACCCGGGCCACGACGCGAGACCCAUCUGCCUCGUCCGGCCGGGUCGCCCUGCUCCAUCGCCAACAACAGCGUCUGACUCUCGCCGUGCAAGAAAUGGCGUCCGUCAUCUCCCGGUACGAGGGUCACGAAGCCAGACCGGCAGCAGAGUAUGAGGUGUUGCCAUUGCUGGACAAGUACGCGCCGAUUGCGGACGUCAGCGAGGACGUCGGUGAGACCGACCUUGCAUUGCUUCACAAUGACCACGCGGUUGUACCGGCAAAGCGGCCUCUACCCGAAAUGUCAAAUCAAGGCGCGGAUGAACCCUCGACAAAAGCCUGUCGUGCCAACGCGACAGGCAUUGCAUGCCUACAAAGGCAACCAGAAGCGAACUCACAACGCUCUGAUAUGCAAGAGCAGCAAUUCCAACCCCUUUCUUCCCCUCUGCAGAACGCUCUCGCGGAUGAACUACCAUUCAUGAUACAGCCUGGACCAACUAUGAAUGGGUCGGACAAUGCUUAUCAGGCCAUGCUGCAGUUCUACGAUAUGAUGAACAACCCGUCCUAUUCUGCAGACUCAGAUGGAGCCGCCUUCCCGGAUCAGCUACAAAUGCCAGUUCCUCAAGCUGGAUCCGCUGUGCCACCGGUGGAUCCGACUGAAUGGUUGAUGAACUCUGUAGAUUGGCGAGCGAGUCUGGAGAACCUUCCUGGCCAGACAACAGACCCGCAAUGGUCGCUACCGCUCGCGGAGGAUGGGGGUUACACAGACACGACAAUGGGUGGAAUGACCAUCGACCCAACGUUCCUUGAUGGAUCUGGGCAGCUAUGA